AUGGCUAUAUCUAAUAUGGAACUUCACGUCCUUUCCUCUUCCCGCGAAGGUAUUCCACGCUACGAUUUCGAUUAUGCGAGUGGGAUGCCGCCUCCGCCUGAUAUGGUCAAGGGGAGUGCAUUGCCUAUUCAGCGCCCUGCGUCGCGCGAGCCCAGGGAGACUUUGUGGCCCCAUACGGAUAAGAAACGCCGGGCUUCUGACUCGAGUGAAGCUGAGCUCUCUGGUGCCGAGACGGCGCACGACGAGGACGCCGCGCCUGCGUGUGCUGCGCCGCGUGAGUCCAAGUCUUCGGCGGCGGUGGAUGCGUCACCUGUUGUGGGCUCCUGCCCAGGCCAUGGCUUGUGCAAUGGCAUGGGCGGCUCGCAUGAGUGCAGUGGCUGUCCUACGUACAACAAUGUGAUCGGUGAGCCCAGCCCCAAGCCGACGGAAGCAGCCACCUCGUCCACGUCCUCCUCGCAUGCGUCGCCCACGGCGUCUGUGCCACUGCCACCGCCGUCUGUGCCUACGAAGACGGAGGAGGUAGCCAGCACGGAGCCUGCCGCGCAAGGCAAGAAGGAGCCGGCGAAGGCGGGCGAUGAGAAAGCUGGGCACACCAUUGAAGCGCUUCGCUGUACGAACUGCCAGACGACGACGACGCCGCUGUGGCGUCGUGAUGAAGACGGCAACAAUAUCUGCAAUGCCUGUGGUCUGUACCAGAAGCUGCAUGGUACCCAUCGACCGAUCGGCAUGCGCAAGACCGUCAUCAAGCGACGUAAGCGUCUGAUGGGCACGUCGAACCAGGCUUCGUCUGGGACGCAGACGUCGACGUCAUCCAAGGGCCCGUCGUCGGCUGCGCCUGCGGCGGCCGGCACCGGCGCCAAGGCGUCGUCGGCGGCGGCGCGCUCCACGACGCGCUUCAAAGCGCGGGACGACGACACGCAUGCAGGGCGCGCCGAGCGCGACCGGGAAGCGGCGAUGGUGCUUAUGGAGGUCGGCAGUGCCUCGCGAUGGGGCAGUCGUCCCGCGAGUGCCUCGCCGCAAGUGGAGGCGGCCGACGAGGCGAACGAGGUGCCGCCGAUGCGCAGUGCGCAUGACAUGGCCAGUGCGGAGGCGCGUAUGAUGCCGCGCCCGAUGCCGAUGAUGCCGUAUGCGCGUGUGCCGUACACGUCGUCGACUGCAGCGCCCUGCACGGCGGCGCGGAUGCACGAGCUGGAGCGUCUGCGCGAUGAGCUGUACUUGGAGCGCAAUCGCCUGGACGAUCUGCUGGAGCGGACGGAGCGUGCGCUGACCGAGUACCGGCACGCACGCUACGACCGAAGUGCCGGAUCGUCCAGUCCGUAUGUGAUGGGCAUGUCUGCGCCGCCGCCGCCUGUGCCGUCGUCGUUUGCGCUUCCGCCGCGUCUGCACUCCCCCUCGACCGAGAUGCCGCCGCGCGUCUCGCCCUCGGCGUGGCGCGCUCGGGGCCCGGACCGUCUUCACUAG